UGGAUCCAGUUGAUUAGAUCGGACAGGCUGAAAUCCACGCCCCUUUCGACUGCAGAGGUUCUUGAGCAAAAUGAUUCCUUUUCUAAUAAAAUGUUCGCGUCAUGACAGCAUAGCACAGUUUACCGUUAUUACAUCUUAUAGUACAUAUAAUAAUGGACUUUCAUCAUCUUUAAGCGCUUGAGUCCCUUGCUGCCAGUAGCACAUAGGUGGAACGAGAGAGUUAGUGCUGAAUAUAGACAACACAGCAGACAGUAUUUAUACAUUUUUACAUUGCCUACUGUAUAACCUUUUUUAUUCUUCAAAAUGUCUGAAUCAGAUGACAUGAGUGAGCUUGGUUCUAUUAUUGAAAGGAUAACAAAAGACGAGGUUCCCAUUAAAAACAUUGAGCGGGAGCUGAUCUGCCCAGGGUGUAAGGAGCUCUUCACGCAUCCCCUGAUUCUGCCCUGUCAGCACAGUGUCUGUCACAAGUGUGUCAAAGAGGUGCUCCUUCUGACCCAUGAGGACUCCUUUACAGAUGCGGGCUCAGAAUGCUCCAAUUCGGGUAGCCCUCGCUCGCGCCUUUCAUCUCCCAGCAUUGACAGACUUGACCGUCUUGGUAGAUCAGCCUCACUGAGAAGGUCAUUUGGAAGGAGAGGAUCAAGUACCCCUACUGGAAAGAAGCGCAACUCCCUGAUUCCUCGGGUUACCAACUUCCCCUGCCCGGGAUGCCAACAUGAUAUUGAUCUAGGGGAGCGUGGGAUCAGCGGACUCUUCCGAAACUUCACUUUGGAGAACAUUGUUGAGAGGUACAGGCAAGCAGCUAGGGCAGCUGUGGCGAUCAUGUGCAACCUGUGCAAGCCUCCUCCUGUCGAAGCCACCAAAAGCUGUAUGGACUGCAAGGCCAGCUACUGCAACGAGUGUUUCAAGAUGCACCAUCCCUGGGGGACCCCAAAAGCCCAGCAUGAGUAUGUGGGACCAACCACCAACUUUAGACCAAAGGUGUUGAUGUGCCCGGAACAUGAAAUGGAGAAAGUCAACAUGUACUGUGAAGUUUGCAGGAGGCCCGUUUGCCACCUUUGCAAACUUGGUGGUUCUCAUGCCAACCACAAAGUGACAUCUAUGAGCAGCGCCUACAAACUACUUAAGGAAAAACUAUCCAGGAGUAUCCAUUACCUCAUCAGUAAGGAGGACCAAGUGAAGACUCAGAUCUCCGAGCUGGAUGAAUUGAUUACUCAUACCCAGCAUAAUGGAGAAACAUCUACAAGGGAAGCCAAUCUUCAUUUUGAAACGCUCUUCAACAUCCUGGAAGAGAGGAAGACUGAGAUGCUCCGGACCAUUGAGGUGAACCAGACCACCCGUCUGGAGAAGCUGAAGAGUCAGAGGGAGGAGUACCAGGGCAUGCUGGAGAACAGCGGGCUGGUGGGCUACGCCCAGGAGGUGCUGAAAGAGACCGAUCAGUCCUGCUUCGUCCAGACUGCAAAGCAGCUGUACCCUAGAAUCCAGAAAGCCACAGAGGCUCUAAGGUCAUUCCACCCAGCUGCCGAUCCCUCCUUUGGUGAUUUUGCCGUUGAUGUUUCCAAGGAAGAAGUUCUCCUAAAGGAGUUGGGCUUCAGCAUUCCAGAUGUACCAGUUAUUGACCAAUCCCUGAGCCGUGUCUACAACGAAGGUCUGAUUUGCUGGCUGCUACCUGAAGAUUCCUCUCCAACUGACCAUUACAUCCUGGAGUACAAGAAGCUGGAUGACAAAGCAGAAACCACAUGGCUGGCCACUGAGAAAAUAUACGGCAACAGCAAAGUGGUCUGCGAUCUUGACACUAACAGCUUAUACAACUUCAGGGUGAAAAGCUGCAAGAAGUCUGUCUACAGUUCGUACAGUCAAGAGGUGGCUUUC